UGUUCUUUGACAGGUCUUGGUUUCACGUGUUCACGCGAUUUGGUGAAGUUUGCAUGUGUGUUUCGGUGGGCGCAAGCUUGAAGCUGGAGGGAGAGGUUAAAUUCGCAUUUCUUUUAUACUGUGCCAAUGCUGCUAGUUACCAUGAUUAUUUAUAUAUUUGAGUAGACAGAUGUGACGAAGACAUUUUUUUGAAAAUUAUAUAAAGACAUAUAUGUAAUAUUAGUGUGUGUAGUUUAUUGAAUAUCAGAAAGUGUAAGGUGGAAGCUUUACGUUUGUUACCCCCCUUUUUAACGUCCGACGGAAAUGUUAGCCAGAUUUUUGUUACCUGUCGCUCUGACAUGCGUCAAGAGGAAAAGUUUUAGUUCAAUUAUGCAUGUCCCGCUGGUAAAAGGUAUUCAUUGUACUCAAGGUUUAGCUCAUGGGGAAUAUGAAUGGAAGGAUCCAGAGACUGAAGAUGAAGUGGUGAAUAUUGUGUACGUAGAUCGAGAUGGAAAUAGGACACCAGUUCGAGGAAAAGUUGGGGAUAAUGUUCUAUAUUUAGCUCACAGAUACAAUAUAGAAAUGGAAGGUGCAUGUGAAGCUUCAUUGGCUUGCACAACCUGUCAUGUGUAUGUAAAACAAGAAUAUUUUGACAAACUGCCUGAAGCUGAUGAAGUGGAAGACGAUCUUCUGGACUUGGCUCCAUUUUUAAAGCCAACUUCAAGACUAGGCUGUCAAAUAAUUUUGAAGAAAGAAUAUGAAGGUAUGGAAGUAACUUUACCUCAAGCCACAAGGAACUUCUAUGUUGAUGGACAUAAACCUGAACCCCAUUAAAUCAUAAUUCCUGAUUUGUAAAUAUAGUAUACAUUUUGUUAAAUGGUAGGCAAUUUGCUUGUUAUUGUAUGACUACAAAUGAAGUACGAUGUGAUGACACUUUGAAAAAAACUGAAAUCUAAUUAUCUUUGUAGUUAUGUGGAAGAAGAUCAUUGCGAUAAAUUUUUAUCCAGUUUUCAAAAAUUUCAGAUAUAUUCUAGUCUUAUCAUGAAUAUUGAAUUUUUGAAUAAUGAAAUUAUGUUAGAGCGCAUGUAAAGAAUAAUAUUUUGUAAUUAUUGUUUGAAUGUACUGUUAUAGAAAAAUAUAAAUUGUGUAUAUUAAUUUCAUUGAUAUUGAAACAGAAAUUAGUCCUAUCAGUUAAGUGUUUGAUUUUUUCUAUUAUUGGACUUGUGAAACCUAUUCUUAUUUACAAACUACAGUUAAACAUCUCUAAUGUAGAACCUGGAAGAGGCAGAAACCUUCCUUCGCCAGAAAUAAAUCUCAGAAUAAGGUAUUUUCCUGUGCAAAAUACACUGGAUACGGAAACAGAAAGGAUUUUUUGUACGAAGUUAUGACAAAUUUUGGAUAAGGUGGAAAACAAAAAUUGUUUAAAAGUUAAAUGAUGAUUUGUGAAUGUGACACCAUCAUACAUGAGUGUAGAGACACUCAGUUGUGCUUGUCCAUUCGCUUUCUUAGCUACCUUCAUCCAAAUGUCGUAUUUCCCAUGCUACUCGUGUGAAAGCCAUUGUUUAUUUGUAAUAGCACGAACCUUCACAAUCCCUUGUGAAGAAGGAGACAUGGAGAGUGAUACACAGUUCUUGUAUUCUGUGCUUUGAGUUCAGUGGUUCUAAAUGUUUACUAUUGUUCCAUUUGAUGACUUGCGGGUAUUGUAUAAAUGAAGUGUUUAUGUCAGGCAACAAAUUGAAUAUAGUAACUGUGGGUGAGAAAAUUAGACCAACUGAAGAACAUGAACAAAGCAAUUCUGGCAAGGAUAGAGAAAGGAUAAAGAAAUUUAAAAUUAGGAAAACUGAAGUGUAUGACACUUUAAAAACUAAGACAAAAUCAUGAAUGAGUGAUUGCAAGGAAUGUUUUGAAGAUAGUUGCCACAAUAUUCACGUGGAUCUAGGCUAUUUUCCUAGGGCUAAACUACUAAUACAACAUAUUGCAUCUUUGAACGAUUGUCUUUUCUGAAUUGACAGUUUUGAUUGCAAAUCUGAAUAAGUCGGAAACCUGUAAAAGACAGGAGAAAACAUUGAACCCAAAUGAUUUCAGCUUAGACAGGUUUUACUAUAUUUGCAAAAUAUUUAUAAAAUGCAUUGCUCUGAUAGUAAUUGGAGAGAAAGAAGAUCGAGACUCUGUAGGUUUUAAGUUAUUAAGAGCUUUAGAGGUAGGAAACUGAUACAGAUCUAUAUUCAAGUUGUAUGCUAAAUAACAGAAUGUAAAAUAUAUAUACAAUUCGCCAGUGAUCUUGUGACAUUGAAGUAUGACUGGACGAGUGAUGGAGGGAGGCAGUCAAACAGAGCAGUGGACUGUUGGUUACCUGAAGGGCUCACCCACAUCUCUUACCUUGAUAGUUUUUACCACUAAACCUAAUAAAUUAAUUAACUAUUUUUCUUGAAGAGACAUUGGAACAGUUCAGGUCAUCCAAACACCUGCAUAAAUACCUGCCCUAAAAUAACUUCCAGAAAGUAAGUUUGGGACUACUGUGAAAGGAAUGCGAGGAAUUCACUUUUAACUUCAAUAUAAUUAAAAUAAAUAAAACUGAUACAUAAUUGUC